GGGGAUGCAGGAAUGAGUAAUUGUCCCUAAAUAAAAGGUCCACUUGGUUAAAGAAGGGCACACUGCCAGAGAAGAGAAGACCGAUCGGCAAAUCGCCAUGACCAGUCCCUCCUCCUCUCAACCUCAAGAAGAACCAGAGUUACAGACCCAAAACCCUAACUCAACCCAAGAUGACGAAAAUCAAAAUCGAUCUCAACCUCAAUCUCCUCAAACCCAAACCCUAGAAACCUCAGACCAACCCCAAAACCCAGAACAGUCAGAGACCGAUCAAACCCAAAAUCAACAACAACAGGAAGAAGAAGACCUACAAGUUGUUGAUCAGAAAGGAGAUCAGCACCAUCAUCAAGAACCAGACGACCAGCACGCAGAACAAUCAGGUAUGUCGUCUCUCUCUCCUCCUCCUCCUCUGAUCCCACUAGUCACAGACCUCCACGAUCUGAACCCACCUCCUCUCACCUCACCUACUACCAACAACCCACCUCGCCGACCCAACAAGAGAAAGAAGGGUUACAAGAAGAAGCAACAAGCCAUCGAGAAGAAACUCCAAACCCUAACUUCAAAUCUCAAACCCAUCCCCUUCGUCCCCUCCAAAACCCUAGAUUUCGACAAGCACGAGAAGCUCCUAAAGCGUCUCGGGUUGUGGGACUUUGUCCACAUAGAGUUCGAUCGCAACAUUCGCGUCGAUCUCAUUUCCCAAUUGAUCGCAACCUACGAUUCACGGUUACGAUGCAGUUACGUGAAUGAGUUUAGGAUUAUGGUGAAUCGGGCUGAUUUGGCCAGAGCUUUCAAGUUACCGGUGAAGAAGGAUAAGGGUAAUGCGUCGGCAUUAUUAUCAUCAUCGUCGGAGGCUGUUGAUUUGGAUUCUGAGGUUUUGUCAGACGAAUCUGUUGCAUUUAUAGAGGAUUUCUUGUCGAAUUGGGUGCUUUUGCACGAGGAUAUGUGGAUGAUGCCUAGCGAGGUUUUGAAUUGGACGAGGGCAAUCAAGGAUGGGCAUCCCGAGAAGGUGGAUUGGGCUGGGUUGAUUUGGUUCAUGGUCGAGAAGGAGUUGAAUCAAGGGCAGCAAUUGGAGGAUUGUUAUUACGCCUCGCAUUUGCAGUAUUUGAUGAAGUCGCAAAGGGAGGAGGUGUUUUGUAUAGAACCCAAGGUGGAGGUGGAGGCAGGGGUGGAGGUGGAGGUGGAAGCGGAGGCAGGGGCGGAGGUGGAGGUGGAGGUGGAGGAAGUGAAGGAGGAUGAGGAUGAUGGUGGUGAGGUGAAGAUGGGUGCCUCUGAUGAGUUUCAAGGACAUGAUGAGUCACAAGACAAUAAUGCUAUGGUGGAGGAACCUAAUGUGGAAUUGACUUUGGGGCAAGAUAUUGUUGAGAAAGAAGAGGUUUUGGAGGGGGACAUGAUGGAUGUAGAGGAAAGCAAAGAGGAGGAACAAGGUCAGUGGCUUUUGGAUGGAAAAAACAGCGUUGGUGACCAUUUUUUGCAGCGCUGUAAUAUAGAAGCUGAUACGGAUAUGAAUGGUGAUGAGGAGAGGCAGCCAGAAGAGGAGGUGGUGGAGGAGGAUGAGGAGGACAAUGAAGAGGAGGAAGAAAUGGAGGAUGAAGGAUUUAAUCUUAUGUCCAAAGGAAGCACUCUAGAGGGUAAUGUGUUAACUGGCAACCUACUUCAAGGAAUGGAGACAACCCAAAUACCAUUUGGUUUGCCAGAGCAACUUCAUGAUCAAUCUAAUAUGGAGCUUCUUGCAUCGAGGACUGAACCGCGUUCAACUUCAGGUGGUCUGUCGAUUUUUGGUAAUGGUAGCAAGAGAGAGAUUGGUCAUGAGCAUGAUAUCUCACAUGAGACUCUCAAUGACAACAUCAACAAUAAGAGGUUGAGGACUGAUGGCCAGUGGAGUCCUAAAUCAUCUGACUUUGAGAUGUGCAUGGAUCAAAUGCAGCACUGGAUGGGAAAAGCUAGGAUAAUGUAUCAGGCAAAAGAACAGGCUUGUGAUGAAUCAAAUAUGAACCAUCAGUUCUUACUUAGUGAACUGCAGCGCCGGGAACAUGUGAUUGAACACUUGCACAAGACCAAGCAAGAAGAGCUACAUAGAAAAGAUGGGGAGAUAUAUCGGCUUGAACGCGAACUCUAUGUCAUGGGUAAUUUAUUAGAGGGUUACAGGAAGGCUUUGAAGGAAACCCAUAAAACAUUCUCUGAGUAUAGACAGCAGUGUCAGCUUCCUGAAGAACCACUUUACAAAGAUGCUGGUCCUGGGGGCGUCGUACUGAGCACCAUGGAAUUGGAGAAACAACGCUUGAAGCAGGAAGAAGAAGAUAGGCUGACUCGUAUAAUAAUUGAACAGAAGAUAAAGGAGUUCGAAGAAGAGUUUGUCAGUAAAUUGGAGGAAUCUUUGAAUAAGGUUCAAAGACUGGAUAAGCAGUUGAUGGAUUUUGAGAACGAAGUGAAACUGCUGAAGGAAUUGUCUGCAAAACGCAAGGUUUCUAAUCCAUCAGAAUGUGCAUCAACUGAAUGACCAACUGCUCAAAGUCUCCAAUCUGAUGUUAUUGAAAUGUAUGUGAUACUUAAAAACACUAGUUGUCUUGAUGUCUUGCUUUCUACAUGAUAUGGUAGUUUUUUGCAUUCUGAUGUUAUUAUGUUGAUUGAGACCUUGUUCUCAUUUUCACUUCCAGAAUGUGCUCUAAAACCUGAAAACUUGAUAUUAUGGCCUGUACUAAACUGUGUCUACUCUUAGCUACAUGCAUAUGUGCACAAAACCUUGGGGGGCAUGAUUUGGUUUUCUUUCUGUUCGUUUUUUAUGAUGGAAUUGAGGCUCCAAUUUCCAGUGAA